UUGACCGUCUGUCCGUGUAUUUGUGUGAAAAGGUGAAUGCUUCCAUCAAACAAAGACAGCGUCCAAAAUCAUGAUCCCGUGAAUGCGUGAUGGAGAGACAACGGAAUGGAUGGCUGGCAGGCACACCAUUAACCAGCUCCAAAAUAACCCCUUUUUGUGAUGGUUAAAACAAUCGUUUGCACUCGUUUUAUUUGGUCCAGUGUUGCCCCAUUGCAACGCGGUGUGUUUGUUUUCAGGUGUGGUACUACCUGAACUUGGUAGCCACGUAACUAGCUUGAUAUGAAUCAAUUUUCACAAAGGCUUCGCACUGUAUCAUACCAUAGUCGAGAUUAGGCAAGGUGGGAGGCUCGACUCUUAGCUACCUGUUUAGAACAUUUGAGAAGUAGUAAGUAACCUGGUGAUUUUUAAGUCACGUUUCACAACCUACAUCUAUCUGGGAGGAAGUCAAACAAGGCGAAGGAGAAGAAACAGGCUCGCCUGGCGGAGAGGGCAGCCAUGGAUGCUGUGUGUGCCAAGGUGGACACAGCAAAUAAGCUGGAUGACCCUCUGGCUGCUUUCCCCAUCUUUAAAAAGUAUGACAGAAACGGGUUGAAUCUCCAGAUAGAGUGUAAGAGAGUGUCCACCCUCAACCCUAUCUCUGUGGAGUGGGCCUAUGAACUAACCAGGACCAACAUGCAAACACUGUAUGAGCAGAGUGAGUGGGGAUGGAAGGAGAGAGAAAAGCGGGAUGAGAUGAAUGACGAGAGGGCGUGGUAUCUCCUGGCCCGAGACACAGACUCCUCCCCCGUUGCCUUCUCUCAUUUCCGAUUCGACGUCGAGUGCGGGGAGGAGGUGCUAUACUGUUAUGAGGUCCAGUUGGAGAGCAGAGUAAGGAGGAAAGGACUGGGCAAGUUCCUCAUCCAGAUACUACAGCUCAUUGCCAACAGCACACAGAUGAAGAAGGUAAUGUUAACAGUAUUCAAACACAACCACGGGGCGUACCAGUUCUUCAGGGAAGCCUUACAGUUUGAGAUCGAUGACACCUCCCCUAGUAUGUCUGGUUGCUGCGGUGACGACUGCACCUAUGAGAUCCUGUCGCGGCGGACCAAACACGCGGAGGCCUCAGGUCACAGCCAUGGGGGAGGGGGGCACUGUGGGGGCUGCUGCCACUGAGGGACAUGCCCACUUCCAGUUCCUGUUUCACCACGUCCUGGUCCCAUGCUCUAAAACCUCUCCCACUUUCCUAAUCAUGAGUCAUUACCGUUCCCCCCAACCCCCAAUCGUACACCUCCCUUUAAGCCCCAAAACUGACAGACCCCCGACCCCCUCUUUUCUGUCCUGUAUCGCACCCUUCCCUCGCCCCUCCAUAUUACACAUCUUUCUCUUCCAUUCUAUUUCAGUCUUUGUUAGGAAUCUGCUUGUGCCCCGUCUGUCCACCCCUCCUUCUCUUCAACAGCUUUCUUAACAGUCCCAAGGCUCCAUCUCAGUAAUCCUAACGUGCGUACUAUUAUGGAUAGAGCAGUGUAUUGGCCAAGCAUUCUGAAUGGUAGACUAGGGUGGAUGUUGGGACAAGAGCCGUACAAAUGUAUUUCUCUUAGUAUGAUGAGGUAUUCUGUAGAUACUUUGCACCCCCUCGCUCUUUUUCUCCCUCGCUCUCUCAUCACAGAAAUAUACAGAGCCUCUGAUCAGUUUCAGUUUAUUUUCUACAGUUUUCAAAAUGCAAUUGGAUGUCAGGAAGACCCACUCUUUGCCAUGUUAAGACCCCUGGCUCCUCCCUAACAACCCCUUCAGUAGUUUGCAUGGCAACCAAGUCACAAAAACGUUUGUUUUUCUAGAUUAUUUUCAAUAGAUUUCACCACCCAGAUGAUUUAGGUCCUGAAAUGGCACCGUAUUCCCUUUACAUAUAUAGGGGAUAGGGUGCCAUUUGGGACGCACACUAUGUUGCUGCCGGCAUUGUGGGCCUUGUUGCCAUCUCUGUUUACAUACAGAAACCUUCAGGGUAUUGUAGUGACCUGGGUUGCCAGAUUGGGAGGUUUCCAUAGAAGUCUAACAGUUGACCCUGUAACUGUUAGUGUUGGUCUCAAAUUGAACCCCAAUCCCUUUAUAGUGUGCUACUUUCGACCAGGACCCUUAGAAACCCUUCGGUAGUUUGCAUGGCAUGUCACAAAAACAGUGUGCAGUAGAAAGUAGUGCACUAUAAAGGAAAUAGGGUGCCAUUUGGGACAUAGUGAAUGGAAAGAAACUCAACAGAUUGGCAUCUCACCCAGGCUUACAAAAAAAGACAUUUCACUUGUGCAUUGUAUAUACAGUGCAUUCGGAAAGUAUUCAGACCCCUUGACUUUUUCCCCAAUAAAAAUUAGGUUACAGCCUUAUUCUAAAAUAUAUAUUUUUUUAAAUACACACAAUAUCCCAUAAUGACAAAGCAAAAAACAAAGUAUUUUUGCUAAUGUAUAAAAAAAAAAAGACAUUUCCAUAAGUAUUCAGACCUUUACUCAGUACUUUGUUGAAGCACCUUUGUCAGCGAAUACAGUGUCGAGUCGUCUUUAGUAUAAUGCUACAAGCUUGGCACACCUGUAUUUGGGGAGUUUCUCCCAUUCUUCUCUGCAGAUCCUUUCAAUAUCUGUCAGGUUGGAUGGGGAAUGUUGCUGCACAGCUAUUUUCAGGUCUCUAGAGAUGUUCGAUCUGGUUCAAGUCCGGGCUCUGGCUGGGCCUCUUAAGGACAUUCAGAGACUUGUCCCGAAGCCACUAUUGUGUUGUCUUGGCUGUGUGCUUAGGGUUCUUGGUGACCUUCAAUGCUGCAGACAAUCCUGUCUCGGAGCUCUACGGACAAUUCCUUCGACCUCAUGGCUUGGAUUUUGCUCUGACAUGCACUGUCAACUGUGGGACCUUAAAUAGACAGGUGUGUGCCUUUCCAAAUCAUGUCCAAUCAAUUGAUUUUCCCACAGGUUGACUCCGAUCAAGUUGUAGAAACAUCUCAAGGAUGAUUAAUGGGAAGAGGAUGCACCUGAGCUCAAUUUCGCGUCUCAUAGAAAAGGAUCUGAAUUUUUAUGUAAAUAAGGUAUUGUUUUUUUAUAUACAUUUGCAAACAUUUCUAAAAACCUGUUAUCGCUUUAUUAUUAUGGGGUAUUGUGUGUAGAUUGAGGGAACAUUUUUAUUUCAUCAAUUUUAGAAUAAGGCUGUAACGUUCGAAAAUGUGGAAAAAGUCAAGGGGUCUGACUACUUUCCGAAUGCACUGAUGAUGAGCUGUUUUAUGUACGAUCUCUCAUUUUCCCCCCUCUACUUUCCAACCCGAUAAUAUCCUAUAUCUGUCUCAGGUUUAAAUCCCAACUGACACUCCUCGUUUUUCUUAGCAAGCAUGUUACGGUCCAAUAGUUUGUGGUAAGAAGACAAAUCACCCAUUUCCUUAACCCUUAAACAAUAUGGGCUUCUUUUCCAGACACAGAUUAGCCUAAAACUAGUCCAGGAAUAAAAAACUAUUUUAAUUGUGAUUACCCAUUGAGUAUUUUUGUCUGGUAAACAGACCCAUGGUGGGUAAAAAUGGAGACCUGUGUCUAUAGGUAGCCUCUACCUGGAUUGGUUGGGUUUGUGUUGUAGGGAGUGGUGGGGAAUGGUUUUUGUUUCAAUUCAAAAUCUUUUCGUUUAAGGAAGAAACGUUACAUUUUUGUUUUUGUUUUUAUCAACAUCAUACACAUUAUUUUAUUAAGACCUGUUGAAUAUCCUCACCUCGUCCUCAUGUUCAACUAGUUUUUAAAAAUGUGUUUCUGUCAAUCCCUCUACCCUUGUCUCGGCCUCUUUUUCUCUUUCUCUGUGUAUAUAAUCUGUUAAAUUCAUUGGAUUUGUUUUUUAUUUGCCUUUUACAGGUAAAACACUUGUUUUCGGUUUAAAAAUGACAUGUAAACUCAAUGCUUGAUAAUGAGUGGUCCUGUCUUGUGAUUGAUUGAAUAUUAACUGACAAAGAUGAAAGGGAAAAAACUAGACUGUCAUUUCUGCCUUGUCAGUGUUUUAUUUGUAUGUUACAAAUAAAGGAAACUUGUUUGACUUCUA